AUGAAAGGGAACGGCACUGCUGCAUUUUACUCUGCUUCUGCUGAGAAUGUACACUUUCCUCGUUUGAGUUGUGCUGUGAGUGUUGGCGACAAGAGAAAGAGGAAUGAGCAUUGUGGUGGGUCUAAUGAUGACAGAGAUGCAGAAGAGGUAAAACCAAAGGUUUCUGAAAGUGGUGGUGGUCUCAAGUUUAACGAGUUUGAGAAGCUGAGGAAAGAAGUGAACUUUUCUGUUGGGCAGACUUGGGCUCUUUAUGAUAGAGUUGGUGAGAUGCCUAGGUUGUAUGCCCGGAUCCGGAAAGUUUCAGGUCCUUCUUUUGAGUUAAGGAUCACACACUUGGAGCCAGAUCCUGAUGAUGAGAGGGAGAUACUAUGGUUUGAACAAGACUUACCUAUUUCUGCUGGUCAGUUCAGGCUUGGGAAAAAUGAGAACAUAAAAGACUGUUCGUUAUUCUCACAUGUUGUACAUUGCAAGGAAGGAAGCAACACUGGUCAUCUCACUGUCUCCCCAAGAAAAGGCGAGACUUGGGCCUUAUUCAAGAACUGGGAUAUCAACUGGUCUUCAGAACCUGAUUCUCACCGCAGAUAUGAGUAUGACAUCGUGGAGAUUUUGUCUGAUUACGCUGAUGGAACUGGUGUAUCUGUUGCGUUCUUGCAUAAAGCAAAAGGCUUUGCAAGUGUCUUCUUCCGAAUGGGAACUGAUCCUGCAGACAUGUUUCGAAUGGGAACUGAUCCUGCAGACAUGUUUCGAAUGGGAAGUGGUGAUGCAGCAGACACAUCUCAGAUUCUGCCUCAGGAUAUAUAUCAGUUCUCCCACAUGAUCCCUUCCUUCAAACUGACAGGCUUUGAAGCAAAAGGCUUACCAAAAGAUGCUUAUGAGCUGGACCAAGCUGCAUUACCUAAAACAAUCGAAGAGAAGACUGUCCCUUCCCAUCUAAUCCCAAGGCCUAAACCAGAAGCUCUCUGCUUCCCGAGUAGUAAAGGAAAAGUUUUUCAAACUGGUCAGUUCUGGGCAUUUAGUUCACAUUACGAUAACAUGCCUCGGUCCUACUGUAGGAUUCAGAAGAUCACCUUAACUCAAGCAUUCGAACAGGAACCAGAAAUAAAGAUGCACGUGUGUCGUUUAAAACCUACUCCAUUCCCUGAGAAUGUCAUCAGGUGGCAGGACAAGAGCAUGCCUGUUGGUUGUGGAACUUUCUCGCUGCCUAAAACUUGCUCAAUAUUCACUCCUGGACACGUCAGACAUCAGAUAUUUCCUCAAACCUCCAAGGAUGGAAAUGAAUUCACCAUUCUGCCCAAGAUUGGCCAGGUGUGGCUGAUUUACAAAGAUUGGGCUCCUUACUAUGACGUUGAAGCAUUGGAAGGAAAGUGCUUGGACUAUGAAGUCGUUGAAGUUCUUGAUGACGCCUUGAACUAUAAGGUUUUAGCGUUAGCGCCUGUCGAGUUUCCUGAUGAAGAGAGAAAUAGAUUCUUCAGAGCAGCUAAGAGUAGGUCCUCUUAUCGGUAUGAAGAGGAUGGGACAGGAGUGGUAUUUACAAUCCCACAGUCGAAAAUGCUCAGAUUCUCUCAUCAGAUUCCUGCUUCCCGUGUCACCAGAGAGGUAGAUGGAGAGAUGAUAGUGCUUUUUGAAGUUGAUAAUAACUCUGUACCUUGGCAUUGUGAGCUUUGAGCAAAGGAUGUGAAGGAAGGUUUCCCUUUUUGUUAAGCUUUUUGGUGUCCUUGACUGGAGAUAUAAGACAGUGGGAUGUUCUUUUGUUGUG